GAAACAGUCGUUAGAAACGCUGGUAGGAAGGGAGUGCCAUGCUCUUAGAGCGGCGAGAGAUUUUAUAGGCUCGUGCAAUAUAAUCCAUCGCUGUAGCGCGUCUGAGACAAAGGAACCCUACACUUCAAUGUGACGAAGGGACUAAAAGCCGAAAUAAGAAGCUUUAGCUGACUCGUGUUCAGAUAAGCGUCACCGCGUCUCCGCCGUGAGAUUUUUACGCGCAAACCUUUAUUAAAUGAAAAACAACUGAAGACGUCACUCUUUGACAAAUUAUAUUUUUGUUACCGUUUGUAGCUGAAAAUUCCUUUCAAAGCAAACAUUUGUGGUUUGCUGGAUGUAAGUUCUUAUCUAUUUCUUGCCAAAUAUAGACACCGCUAAACUGGUGUGCCCUUGGUGAGGGGGAACAUUCCUGUUCUGGAUAUUUUUACGCAACAAGAAAGAGGUCUAAGGAACGUGUAUUUUUUAAUGCAUGGUGAAUUUCACGUUUUUUAGUUGUCUAUUCCUAAACAUUACGUUUUGUGGCAUUUUUUUUAAACCUGCGUUAUCUGCGGCAUAUGGAUCUUAACACCGCUUUGUAGCACUUCGACUGUCGUGAACAGAAGCCAUUUUAACAGUGAUUUCAAGCUUGUGUGACUCAUUGACACUGCCUGUUCAACCUGCUCCCAACCUGCGUUGCAUAACCUGUCCACAUUAUAUUCAUCAUAUUAGCUCGUGAACCCUGUAAGGAUGGCUUUUUGUGCGUUUGGCGGAUGUGCCGUUCCUCGCCGCUUGCUCAGCACGGCCGUGUUCACGGUGCUUCUUUUGGCGGUGGGCUGGGCUGCAGCAGAGGAGCAGGCCGAGGCAUCCGCCAAAAGCCCACCGGUCACACUCAGCACCGUGAUUACCGGGACGUGCCAUGAAAUCCAGCACUACGUGGAGUCGUUGGUGGGCACCAGCGUCGUGCGCUCUGUCAUUGAGAGUGCAGUGUUGUUUCUUGAGUCAUUGGUUGGGCAGGAGAACGUCUAUACUCUGGCCAUGUUUCUAGAGACCGUGAUCCGAUUCCUGGCUGAAGGAGCUGCCAGUGGCCUAAACGUCAUUGCUGUUUAUGUCACAGAAAUCCUCAGGGUCACAGGAUUUGAUGCCACCCUGCCCCCUGUUACUCCAGAGGCUGUUACUGCAGUGGCUCAGUGGGGUCUUCUCACCCUCAUCGGAUACUGGGUCUUGGCCAUUGUUCUGCGCCUGCUCAUCGGAAUCGUGAGGCAGGUUUUCUGGAUCAUUAAAACCGUGUUGGCACUCUGGUUUUUCGGACUCAUUGUAUUGGACAAGACAGCAUCAGCAGACACCACAGCAGUGCGGCUAACAGGGCUGGUGCUGGUGUGUGUGCUUCUGACCCUACUCACCUCUGGCUCAGAAAAGACCAGUGCCGUGGAACAGCGCAUCAGCAGCCUGGAGGGGAGGCUGAAGGUUGUGGAGAAGAGCAAAGGGGACUAAAGGCAACCACGAUGGCAUUGAUUUUUAUUAUGUCAAAGUACCAGGAAUAAAGUGAUCUUUUUAAACCUU